ACCGAAACCAAACCCAUAUCCAUCCCCCUCUCUAUUUCUCAUCUCAAUCUAACCCUAACCCAAUACUCUACUCACGAUCCUUCAAAGAGCAAGACCACCCCCCAUCCCAUACCUAUUUUCUCUCCUCCUCAUCUCUUCCUCCUCGCUUCUUUUCUCUCCCAAAUCCUCAACAAACAAAAUUAACCCUAACCUUAUUUUCGCUGUACCUUCAACAGCCAAGGGUGAAGAAGCAAUAGCAUGCCUAUUUCAGCUCCAGUUUUGUUGGUGGCACCACAAAUCUGCUCAGCGACUCCCUCCUCCUUUCUGCUCAAUCCUGGUUCACUAAACAAGGUAAACAAUUAAAAGCAACCCUAAAAGAGAGACACCCCAAGUCUUCCUUUUCCUUUUCUUUGCUAGCUCCUCAUCCCACUUUCUCUCUCUCCUUUUGAAUUUGUCUACUCAACACGAACCUUUUAACUCUAGCUUUAGCUAGCUAGCUAGCACUCAUUUCUAUCCUCAAUUUCUUGCUACUUUAUUGGGUUCUUUGUUUUUAAGGGAAAGAAUAAGGUUGUUUUGUUUUGUAAGUACUGAAAAUUUAAGCAUAAAGAUAUGGACACCCAUUCUCUUCCCCCUCCUUUCCAUACAAGAGAUUUCCACCUGCAUCACCAGCAGCAGCAUCCUCAGUUCCACCACCAGCAACAGAAUUCCGAAGACGAGCAAACCGGAAGCAGCGGCCUUAACAAGGGACAGAAGAGAGAGCGGGAUAUCGACAACAAUGACAGCGGUGGCAAUGGAGGUGAAUUAGGCAAAGAGCUCAAUGUUACCAUGUCCGGUGGUGACGGAUCAGAAAUGACGAGAAGGCCCCGAGGAAGACCUGCUGGAUCCAAGAACAAGCCCAAGCCCCCCAUCAUCAUCACCCGGGACAGCGCCAAUGCGCUCCGCACCCACGUCAUGGAGAUUGCCGACGGGUGCGACAUAGUGGAGAGUGUUGCCACCUUUGCUCGCAGGCGCCAGAGAGGCGUCUGCAUUAUGAGCGGGACCGGCACUGUCACGAAUGUGACCCUCAGGCAGCCCGCCUCCCCAGGGUCUAUUGUGACCUUGCACGGUCGAUUUGAGAUCUUGUCAUUAGCAGGGUCUUUUCUGCCUCCUCCAGCCCCGCCUGCCGCAACUGGUUUAACUAUAUAUCUGGCAGGAGGGCAAGGGCAAGUAGUAGGGGGAAGCGUUGUGGGAACGCUAAUUGCAUCUGGCCUUGUUAUCAUGGCGGCUUCGUUUAGCAACGCGGCAUAUGAGCGGCUUCCACUGGAGGAAGACGAGGGUCAACUACCGAUGCAAAGCGGAGGAGGUGGAAGUCUUGGGUCUCCAAGCGGAGUUGGUCAUCAGAACCAGCAACAACAGCAUCAGCAGCAACAACUUAUGGCGGAAGCUGCAAACUCAAAUCCGCCUCUUUUUCAUGGGUUACCUCCCAAUCUCCUGAAUUCCAUGCAAUUGCCAGCCGAGGCAGCGUACUGGGCUACUGGCCGCCCGCCAUUCUAACCACCGGACCAUCCUAUUGGAUCAUCACGAGAGCUAAUUCACUUUGUCAUCAUCAACUACAUGUUACCAGAUGCGUCAUCACCGACUAUGUAGCUAAGUAGUAGCUAUGUGGAUAGAAGAAUUUGCGUUUGUCGUCGAUCAGCAUUUCAGAUUUUUAGUAUGUUUUCCUUCUUUUUUUUGAGUUUUGUUUUUAGCAUUAAUUAAUAUUCGAUAAGUAGAUCACGUACCAUAUGUUUUACAUGUUUGAUUGAAAGAUUGUAUAUUUCAUGGAUUAUUCUUGGUGAGUUUUUUAUUUGUGAAACGUACUACUGCCAGAGCUUGUUUAAUAUGAAGAGAAACAACAUCCAAGAAGAACAAUCUGUUUUCAAGCUGGCUUGU